AUGUGCGGAAUCACGGCGGCUAUCACACUCCAGCGGAGCGAUUCCGCCAGCAGGAACGGUGACAGCAAUGGAGCGAACGGAGUCAAGAGCAAAGCAAAGAAAAUCUCAGAGCAUGGCACCCUGCGCCAACAGUUUCAACAGAGUCUUGAAGCCAUCGCUCACCGCGGCCCGGAUGCCUCUGGUGUCUGGAUCAGUGAUGAUGCGACAGUCGGUCUUGGCCACUGCCGGUUAGCAAUCAACGACCUCUCCCCUGACGGAGAGCAGCCAUUACACAGUGAUGAUGGCAAGAUCCACGCCGUGGUAAACGGAGAAAUCUACGACCACGAUGCCAUCAGAGAGAGGUGUAUCAAGGAGCACAACUACCGCUUCAAGGGUCAUUGCGACAGCGAGGUCCUGGUCGCCCUGUACAAAAUCUACGGUGCCCCCGGCUUCUUCAAGCACCUCCGCGGCGAGUUCUCCUUUGUGAUUUACGAUGAGAACAAGGACCGGGUCAUCGUGGCCAGGGACCGCUUCGGUAUCAAGCCAAUGUUCUGGACUGUACAGGACCAGGGCAACGGUGCCAGUAAGCGAAUGCUCUUGGCCUCGGAGAUGAAGGGAUUCCGUGCAUUCGGCUGGGAGCCGCAGUGGAAUGUCUACGGUCUGCUCAGUGGAUCUUCGAUGCAAGCCGACUGCACCGUGUUCAAGGACGUCCGCAAGCUGGAGCCCGGAAACUGGAUGGAGAUUAAAGAUGGCGAAAUUAAGCAUCGCCAGUACUGGGAUCCCGAGUUCAAGGACAAGCGUGAGGCGGAGACGCGGAGCGCAGAGGAGAUGAUUGAGGGUGUGAGAGAGCGUUUGAUAGAAGCGGUGAAGCUUCGACUCCGCGCUGAUGUUCCCGUGGGAAUCUACUUGUCUGGAGGUAUCGAUUCAUCAGUCAUUGCAGGCAUUGUGACAAAGCUGGUAAAGGAGCAGGGCAUCGAGCUGGGUAAUCAAGACGCCACGAAGCGCAUCAAGUGUUUCACAAUCCAGUUCCCAGAGUCCUCGGGCUUCAACGAAGCUGGUGAGUGCAGAGCCCCCAUCGGUCAUAAGAGUAGUACCAUACUGACGCCCGAACAAGAUAUUGCUGAGCGCUCAGCCGACUUCCUCGGCGUGCAGAUCCUUAAGAAGGAUAUGAACGAGACGGAGCUCGCCGACAACUUUGCCGACGCAGUCUUCCAUACCGAGCAUCACAACUUUGACCUGAACAGCGUAGGGAAGUUCUGCCUGUCAUCACUACCUCAACAGCACGGCGUGCCCGUCGUUCUCACCGGCGAGGGCGCCGACGAGCACUUUGCAGGCUACCCUUUCGUGCUCCCAGCCUUCCUCAUGGAACCAGACCUCGCGUGGCCGCAGUCCGACAUGACGGACGACGUCCGCAUCCCCAUGUAUCAGGAGAUGACGGACGAUCUCAAAGCCAUGUUUGACCGGAUCGGCAUGUUCGAGGACGAGUCCUCGUCGGGCGGCGCCGCCCCGACGAGCAACUCGAUGCGGCUAGAGCCCGAGUGGAACGCCUUCUCGCCGUGGGUGCGGGAGACGUACAAGACGCCCGGCUCGGCCGAGUCGACGCUCGCCCCCGAGGUCCUUGAGAAGAUGAUUGAGAAGUGGCACUCGCUGCACACGAGCCUCUACGUCUACACCAAGGGCCCGCUCGCCAACAUGAUUCUGACGUGCCUGGGCGACCGCACGGAAAUGGCGCACAGUAUCGAGGCGCGCCCUCCCUUUUUAGACCACCACCUCGUCGAGUACGUCAACAACCUGCCACCGAGCGUCAAAGUCGCGUAUCAAGAAGCUGCCGGGGAAGCCGCCGGGACGGGAACGACCGGCACCGGAGCCAGUCUAUGGUGGAAGGACCUCAGCCCGGCGCGUCAGAAGCUGAGCGAGAAGUGGAUCCUCAAGGAGGCCGGGAAGCCGUUUAUCACGCAGGAGCUCUACGAGCGGAGGAAGCAUCCGUACUCAGCGCCGGUCAAGUGGCCGCGCGGCGGGCCCGUGUAUAACAUGAUUGCGGGGUUGAUUACGCGGGAGAAUAUUGAGAAUUUGGGCUUCAUGGAGUGGGACAAUGCAAAGAGGUGGCUUGAGGAAGGCUUCGGUGAGGAUGCGAGCCCCAGAGCGUUCCGAAAGCUGAUUUGUACCGCCUCCUGGGUCGUUCUCAGUCAACGGUUUGGGGUGAAGAGGGCGUCCAUGGAACAGUGGUCAGCGACUGCGUGA